AGCUCCAGCUUCAGUUGCCGCAGCGCGUGACCAAUCCAUCCUCUCGCGCCGUCAAAUUGCUACAUGGCCUGGUGCGCCCUGCGCAGCCGCCUGCUCCCGGACUUCCCCCACGCCGCCGCCACGCCCCACCGGCUCCUGCUCUGCCUCCUCUCCACCGCGGCCCCGCGCCACUCACAUCACCACCACCGCCGCCGCCGCCGCCUCUUCCCCACCUCCUACGCUGCCGCGCCCCCGGCCGCCGAGGCGCCGCGCCCGAUGCCGCCUGUCGGCCGCGCCACGCGUCACCCCGAGGGUGCCACCUCCAUCGCGCGCGUCUACGCCGAUGUCAACUCGCAGCGGCCCAAGGAGUACUGGGACUACGAGUCGCUCGACAUCGAGUGGGGGGAGCAGGAUGGGUACGAGGUGCUGCGGAAGGUAGGGAAGGGGAAGUACAGCGAGGUGUUCGAAGGCUUCCGGACCGCGAGCGAAGAGAGGUGCGUCAUUAAGAUCCUCAAGCCCGUCAGGAAGAAGAAGAUAAAGAGGGAAAUAAAGAUACUUCAAAACUUAUAUGGCGGACCAAACAUUAUAAAGCUACUCGAUAUUGUCAGAGAUGAUGAUUCAAAGACACCUAGUCUGAUCUUUGAACAUGUUAACAAUACUGACUUCAGAGUGCUCUACCCCACACUAUCGGAUUAUGAUAUCAGAUACUAUAUUUUUGAGUUGUUGAAGGCAUUGGAUUAUUGUCACUCACGGGGUAUCAUGCACCGAGAUAUCAAACCCCACAACAUCAUGAUUGAUCAUGAGAAACGCCAGCUUCGUCUUAUUGAUUGGGGUCUUGCAGAGUUUUAUCAUCCCGGGAUGGAAUAUAAUGUUAGAGUUGCUUCAAGAUGCUAUAAGGGCCCUGAAUUACUUGUGGAUUUGUUAGACUAUGAUUAUUCGUUAGAUCUGUGGAGCCUUGGCUGCAUGUUUGCUGCAAUGAUAUUCCGAGUGGACCCUUUCUUUCAUGGUCAGGAUAACCACGAUCAGUUAGCUAAAAUAACCAAGGUUCUCGGGACAGAAGAUUUCUACAGCUACCUUGAAAAAUAUGGUCUUGAGCUUGACCCAAAGCUUGAAAUGCUUGUUGGAAGACAUCGAAGGAAGGCAUGGUUAAAGUUUGUUGACUCAGGGAACAGACACCUAGUGAGCCCUGAGGCUAUCGAUUUUCUAGACAAGCUGCUCCGCUAUGAUCACCAGGAAAGGCCUACAGCAAAGGAAGCCAUGGCUCAUCCCUAUUUCAAUCCAGUAAGAAGCACUGAAAGCAGCCGGAGUGUUCAGUAGUGCAUCCCUAUCUGGUAUUUGCACUGUGACGCCAGGAACAUGACAUAUUUGACAAUUUUUCAAAAUUUUGAAACUGCAUGACAGAUAUAUAUAGGGCAAAUUUUAUGGUACCUAUUACUCAUCCGUCCAAACGGAGUACCAUGCAAAGGCAGUUUAGUCUUUUUCGCACAUGAGUUGAGGCAUGACUAAGAGUGAGACUUUUUUAUUUUCAAUCCGUGUGGUUCCAGGCUUUGUCCAGAUAACGCCUUGACCGGCAUGUAACUGUCACAUCAUUGUUUUACUUGAAUUAAUUCUUUUUUCAUGCUGAUUGUUCCGUUCUGAAGUUCAGUUUUAUCAAUAAGAAUAUAUCUCACCUUUUGCUUGAA